AGUUUCAGACAGCAGUUGAUCGUGCGAUAGCCAUUGAAGCUGCGAUUCAAAGCGCAUCUGCUACGCGCUCAACAGCACAGCAGGAAUUUCAAGUGCACAAAGUUAAAAGCACUGGGGAAGCUUCUACCUCUUGUUAUCGCUGCGGAUCGGUGAAACACACCGCCAGCUCUUGUCCGUAUGCGAAUGCCAAAUGUUUUCAUUGCAACAAAAAGGGCCACAUCAAGAGUGCUUGCCGGAGCAAAGAGCUAAAAGAAUCGAAAAGUAAAAAUAAACGGCAUGUUAGUACCUUGUCACUGCCACGCACCAAUUUGAAGAGUGUAAAACCUGCUGCAGACGCAAGACAAAAACCAAUCAUGGUCGAGGUCGCUAUUGACGGCGUACCAGUGAAUAUGGAACUCGAUACAGGGGCUGCUGUAUCCGUUAUGUCUGUCUCACAGUUCCGUUCUUUUUCCCAGAGCUCAUUUGCGCAGGACAAGUCUCACCUUGAGAACCUAUACAAAUGAACCCGUGAAGCCCUGCGGAGUAGCAUUUGUUGCAGUCCAGUACAACGCGCAGCGCCAACAGUUGCCUUUGUACGUGCUCCGCCAGGACGGCCAGCCGCUGCUGGGGCGCAGUUGGCUACAACACCUCAAGCUGGACUGGACGCAAAUACAAGGUCUUCACCACAUGCAGGUGGGAAACACAAAUGGCUCUGAGAGAUCGCCUAAACUAGUCCUUGCUAAACCGCUAUCAGGACCUGUUCAAGGACGAACUCGGCACAGUAAAGGGAGAAAAGGCUACUCUUUUCUUAAGGGGUGACGCGAAGCCAAGAUUUUUCAAAGCAAGAAGCGUGCCUUUCGCUCUAAAAACUGCUGUCGAGCAGGAAUUGUCGAAGCUGCAAGAGCUAGGGAUUAUUACACCCGUGACCACAAGCCCGUACGCAACGCCGGUCGUGCCAGUUGUUAAACGCGAUGGUUCAGUCAGACUGUGCGGUGAUUACAAAGUCACGCUAAACCCGAUACUGGACAUCGAAAGGUAUCCGCUACCGAAAGCGGACGAGCUAUUUGCCGCGCUGGCAGGCGGACAACAUUUUUCAAAGAUUGACCUAAGUAGAGCGUAUCAGCAGGUCGAAAUGGACGACGAAUCCAAAGAAUACCUUACGCUGAAUACGCACAAGGGUCUGUUUCUGGUCAACCGCCUACCGUUUGGCAUUUCAUCGGCUCCCGCAAUAUUUCAGCGUAUUAUGGAUAAUGCGCUGAAAGGACUAAACGGCGUAACUUGUUAUCUCGAUGACAUACUGAUCACGGGCCACACAGAAGCAGAACACUUGCUCAACCUGGAAGCUGUGCUGAAGCGGCUAUCAGAACGCGGAUUUCGCGUCAAACCUUCGAAAUGCGAUUUUUUUCGCAAUGAACUGCAGUACUUGGGUCACGUCAUCACAAAAGACGGUGUUCGCCCGACGGAUGAAAAGUUGGUCGCAAUUGCAAAUGCACCAGCUCCAACAGACAAACAGCAGCUGCAGUCAGUGUUAGGACUCAUAAAUUACUAUGGAAAGUUUGUUCCGAAUCUCUCAUCCAUACUCUUUCCUUUGAACAAGCUCUUGAGUAAGGACGAACCUUGGCAAUGGAACGCCGCUUGUCAAAGUGCGUUUGCGCAAGUAAAAAACUGCUGUCGUCAAAGCCUAUUCUGAUUCACUAUGAUCCCAGUUUGCCAUUGCAGUUGUCAUGCGAUGCUUCUUCCUACGGAAUAGGCGCAGUUUUGUCACACGUUUUUCAAGGCCAAGUUCAUCCAAUAGCCUAUGCUUCACGAACGUUACAGUCAAUUGGAGAAAGAAGCAUUAGCGCUUGUUUUUGGAGUCAAGAAGUUCCAUUACUACGUUUACGGACGGAAGUUUGUGUUGCUCACGGAUCACAAGCCACUUGAGAUGAUCUUUGGCCCCAAAACAGGCAUUCCUGCCAUCGCAGCUGCCAGACUGCAACGCUGGGCAGUCACGCUUUCUGCAUAUUCUUUUUCUUUGCAGUAUCGCCCUUCAGCGCAGAACGUGGACGCUGAUUGCUUAUCGCACCUUCCAAUCCAGCAACCGGGAACAGACGGGGCAACAGAAAAUUUUCUGGUUUUGCGUUUAGACAGCAUGCCCGUCUGCAGUAAACAGAUCGCAGAGGAAACUGCACGGGAUCCAGUGUUCCGUCAAGUAGUGCAGUACAUCUUGUCAGGCUGGCCUGCUAACGUAUCUGCGAACCUGAAACCUUUUUUCUGCAGGAAACUAGAGCUUUCUUUAUAUCAAGGUUGUGUCAUGCUGGGAAUGCGUGUGGUGGUACCAGAAAAAUUCCGCAAAUUUGUCCUAGAUGAAUUACAUGAGGGGCAUCCGGGAGUGGUGCGCACCAAAGAGCUUGCAAGAAGCUAUGUGUGGUGGCCAAAUAUCGAUCAGGACAUAGAGAGAUGUGUCGGCUCUUGUCACGCAUGCGCAGAGACACGCAGUUUGCCAGUGAAAGCGCCGCUCCAUCCAUGGUCCUGGCCGACGCGUCCUUGGCAACGCCUACACAUGGACUUUGCAGGUCCAAUAAAAGAUUUGGAUUUCCAGAAACACUCGUGUCCGACAACGGAAGCCAGUUCAUUUCUGCAGAGUUCCAAGCCUACCUCAAGCACAGGGGCAUUCGUCACGUAAGAACCGCACCGUAUCACCCAAGUAGCAACGGACUGGCUGAACGUUUUGUUCAGACUUUGAAGUCAGCGCUCCGCAAGACCAGUCCGAGGAGCGCCAGUGAGGAGUUAGCCGACUUCCUUCUGACGUAUCGUAAUACGCCUCAUGCUACGACAGGGGAGGCCCCUUCCACUUUGCUCCUGGGGAGACGCCUGCGGACCAGACUAGACCUCAUACGACCAGCGGUCGAGAACAGAGUGCACCAGCGCCAGUUCGACCAGACAAGGCGUCACUCGUGUCGUGACAACGUCAUCGCUGUUGGUGAUGCCGUUCGUGUGCGCAAUUUCCGAUCGGGACCAAAGUGGCUGUGUGCAACAGUUCUUGCCCGUACGGGACCAGUGUCAUAUCGGUUAAGUGUAGUGACUCCGCGUGGUGUGUUCCAGUGGGUGCGUCACCAAAAUCACAUCCGCAACGAUAACACCGGCAUCGCCACGGAGUUCGAACUACCCUUCAGUGAAAGGCAGCAAGAAGUUCCCGCACAGGUCCCGGCCUGCGACUCAUCACAUGAUGUCGACAGCUCGCCCACCGCACAAAGUGAACCGGCGGACACUUCAAACGCUCCUAGCGAACGUCGCUACCCGCAGAGACAGCGUCGCCCACCUGAUCGCUUUGUGCCGUGAACUUUUUGGACAAUGCUUGGGGAUCCAAAUAAGUGUGGGGGGAUGUCGCAUAUCUGUACACGUGUGCUUGUGCGAUACUCUGUCACGCGGCCCAUAUCGCAACACCCUCGCCCACGAUGUGAAUAAAAGCGCUUGGCGCGCGGUGGGGCGGGGGCACUUUUCCUUCGGCACUCUUGGUUAUC